AAAAUCAUCUGUAAAUGUUGUGUUGUCAAUGUUGACAAAUCCCCGACCACAAACAAUGAUAAACAGUGACUGUAAACUUGAAAAGAGCAAUUAAUUUAGAUAACAUGUUAAAAUAAGUGGUAGCAACAUGAACAACGUGAAUGGAAAAGCUAAAUCAAUCGCUGAAACUCAGCUGCAAGUGGCAAUUGGGGUCCUGCUGGAGUCUCUAGCAGACACAAAUGCUGCUGUGCGAGUCUCUGUGACCACUUCACUGUCCAAACUAGCAGAAAAGCACCCCAAUCAGGUGCUGCUGUCAAGCUCUGAGUUCUGCUUGAAAACUCCAAAGUCCCCGAAUGAACAUCUGGGCAGCAUUCUGGCCCUGAUGAGCAGGAUUUGUUGCGAGCACAUUAUUAUUAUUGAUGGCGAUACCGUUCUUAAGCUGAUUGAUUUCGCAAUGAAAGUUAUGACAGGGAGUCCUCUGCAUGAGCCGCUCAUUCAAAUGCCUGCUUCAGAUAUUUUAGUGGCUUUGGGAAGACUGCAUUACAUUCAGGUUACAGAUGCUUUGCUUGAAAAUCUUCAAGCAGGCGUUGUUCCCCACUAUACAAUUCCCCACACAAUGGGCGCGUUGGCCAACACUAACCCCUUCGGGCUAAUUCCUUACUUAAAGGAUAUUCUGAAUAUUAUCUUGCCCCUUUUAGGAGGCCUGAAAAGCGACCAUUUGAGACAGGCGUUCGCCUUCGCGAUACAGCAUUUUUGCGAAGGCUUAGUGGAAUAUGUGUCCAAUGCAGACCAAGUUCCUGACCCCACAAUCACCACAGAAACUUUUAAGGUUGAGCUGGGAAUGGCUUAUGAUGUGCUCUUUGCAUCCUGGUUGCUAUCAAAGGACCCUAAAGUGGUUGAAACGGUCUUAGACGCUAUGUCUGCUAUUUUCGUAGCUUUGCCCAUCGAUAAAGUGUCUCAGCAAAUUUCGAAAAUAAUCCCAUGUCUCUUGAACUUGUACAAGCGAAACAUAAAUCCUUAUGUAAUCACCAAGUGCCUGUACGCAGUGCUCAGAAAAGGGACAAGCGUUAAUGGAAUGUUGCUAGAGCCGCUGCUCUCUAACAUUCUGAGCACCCUAUCUGAUUUAAUCUGCCUCAAUCCAGACUAUGCCCAGCCGGACUCAGCCAGGUGCCAUUCUGAGGUGUUGAGGUGCUAUGAAUGCAUCGCUGUACAUUUUACCGAUACCACAAUCGACAGGCUUUUAGUUCAUUUAAAAAAUAACAACGACAAAGAAAAGCUCAAGGGCCUGAUCGUUAUUACGCAUCUUAUCGCCUACAGUAGCGAGCAGACCAUUCACAGGAGAUUAAAGGAUUUGUUGAAGUAUUUGAACGAGAUGCUGAUCCAUUCGCAUAUCAAAGUCAAGAAGAUUUUGGUCAAGAUCGUUAUCGCCCUAGCUCAUAAGCGAGUGUUGACAAACAAAGAGCUCAAUCCCGAUGGAGCAGAGCUCUACUUGGAAUUUGUCCUGAAAAUGUGCUGCAAACAAGCACAGCCGAAGAACUCGGAGAUAACGCCAGAGGAACUGCAGGAAAUACAGACAUCAGCAGAUAAUGCGCUUUACGUGCUGACCACCUCAAUUCCCGAGCUGCACGAAAUUCUGUGGCAGCUUCUGCUGAAAUGUUUUUUGAGCACCGGGUACGACGAUGCCGUGGUCAUUGUCCUGCGCUGCCUGACUUACUUGGCGUCCAAACGGGAGACCGCAAAAAGCUGCGAAGCCGCCUUUGUAAGGGGGAUGGUGCUCCUAUCGAACCCCUUGCCAUCUCUAAGGGGUACCUUCAUCCUGAAUUUUCUGCGCAACAUCCAGCCCUGCGACGUGGCCUCGCACAAAACAGUCUGGGAUCUGAAGCUGCCUCAGCUCUCCAAGUAUCUGGAUCAGAAUUACGAUGGGUUCAACAUGCUGGAGUGGCAUGAUCAAAUGUUUGAUUUCCUCAAUUUGCUCCUGAGCAGUGUCGGGAAUGGGGCUUUCAAUGAAAUCCUGCUGUCCAAGGCGCAGAAGCAACUGGAGUUGUACAACAACAUCAAAAACAUCUCCUAUCAGGACAAGGACGAAGUCCAAACGAAACUAGCCGAGAAGAGAUUUUUGCUGAAAUUUAUCGCAAUAAUUCUAACUUACUUAAAGUCCAAAGAGACAGUGCUCCAAACAAUCGACAGCUUGCUGGUGAAUGUUCGCCUGAUAGAUUACUCAGAGCUGCACGCUUGUGCUGAGGCAGUGGGAAUUGCGGCCCGAGUCCACCUGCAGCUCGUACUGGAAAAACUCGCCCACCUCAGAAAGGAAGUGCUGCACAAGAAAUCCAUCAAACUGUUCUCGUUCAUGAAAAACCAGACCCACGAACUAGGAAUCGAGCGACUGAGAUACGUAAUGAUCUACAGCUAUGCGGAGGUUUGCAACGAAGCCCCCACUGACCAAUUGUUGCGAGUGAUCGAGAGUGAGAUUCUGGACUUUGUGCUGAAUGAGCUGCUAAUAUCCAAAGAGUUCCCUAUUAAGAAAGUGUGUCUGAGAGCCAUCCAAAGCGUGGCUGACGCGAUGCACCCCAACCGCAACAAGCUGCACAUUAAAAUGGCCGAAAGAGACAAAGUGAUCGAUGCGGUGUUCAACCAAAUGCACCUACACAGCGGCCCAGACUAUGUGGAGCUGUUCCCCGUUAUAAUGGCCGCGAUGACUGCCCUAAUAAAGCUUCCUCUGCCUUUAGAAUCUCAGGAGCGCAUCAGACUAAUCAAGCUUUUUUUCGACAACGUCUACAACGCCUCGUCGAUUUACUGCAAAAUCAACCCCAGCGGUUCGGGAAGCUAUUUUGGGGAUCUGAAAAUGGUGCCAUGUGUUACGAAGAGCUUCAGCGAACUGAACCAGUUUGUACAUGAGCUGCUGGUUCAGAAUCUAUCGCCGGCCACUUUGGAUGAAAUCGUAACACUUCUCGAGUUGUGGAUGGCGAAGAAGAAACCUGAACAGCGACUGCCAGCUGUGGAAACCUUAAGGCUGGUAUUGCAGACUUAUUUGGAUCGAAUGCGCUUUGCCCAUGACUUGCCCAGUGUGUUCAAUCAAAGUGGGAUUUUGUUAUCGAGGAUUAUUCCCAGAUGUACCGAUCCCAACAAGAACAUUAGAAAGGUGGCAGUGGACUGCGUAUGUUUGGUGCUGUGUAUUGCGGCUCGAUACGAGGGCGAAAUGCGCGAUCACGACAAAGUCCUGAGCAACAGCCUUCAGAACGUGCAACAGAACAUCGAAUCAGACGAUCCCAAGUUGCUCUUUAACUUGACAUCCGACCUGGCCUAUAUAGUUUGCGUGAACUUGCCGCAGUUCCAAUUGGUUCACUUUAUCGAGGGCUUGAUCGAGUCGCUGCUGGACUGCGAAUCUUCCAGCUCCAACGGCACCAGCGUCGUGUUGAACAUCACGCUGAAGAACAAGAGCAAUGAAAUGCAAAAUCACGUCACACAUGUAGCUGUGAAGCUAAUCGCACAGCUUGCUCGAAUUCAGUGUCCCAGGACAAAGUCCACUAGUUUGAGGGCGUUGUCCAGCCUAGCUGGACACCAUUCCAGGAUAGUUGGCGCCAUUUUGCUAAUGCAGCCGUUGCCCUUUGAUAGCUCCAUAUGCGACUGCUGGUCAGCUUUGUCGAAUGACCACACUCUCGUCCAGGACUUAUUGGACCAAAUUAAGAAACUCAUCAAAACCACUCCUUUAUACGAAGUGCAUGCAGCCAACGAAGUGAAAGUGGCGAGUCUUUCGCCUUUGCAGGCCAUUUGCGCUUUGCACGAGCUACUCAAAAACACUCAGCUAAAAGAAAUUUGUCUGGAGCAAUUUCCCGAGCUGUUCUCGCUGCUUUUAAUCGCCUUGGCGUCUUAUGUUGGCUGUUCUGCUCCAACAGUCAAAAGCCUUACUGAGAAAAAGGAUAAAUUCGGCUUCAUUCUCAGUCGAGAUGCUUAUAAGGUGAAUCCGGCAAAAGUUGCCUUUGAAACAUUCAGACUGUUCUUGAUAUGCUGCGACUUGAAUACGAUGGCCACGAAUCUUCUCUGUUUCAACUCGUUGGGCGCAUCUGAAGAUCAAGCAAUGCUUUUACAAGUGGAGGAAACCCUGGUCAACAAUCUCUGCUUAGAUAUGCCCCAUUCCUUAUCCCCUAUCACAGCCUGCCUGGGGCCGUACAUCCGGUCGGAAUUGGACCCGCAAAAAGUAGCCGUCGUGGCCUUUUUCACCUAUUUACUCAAGCAGGGGGCGCAGACCGACAAGAAAAUAUUUAUCGAAAACCUGCUCGAAAUGAUUCUGGAUGUGCAGCUGGACCAGAGCUGCGUGGUGAGGAAAAUCGGGCUGCAAGGUUUGGGAUAUGCGGCUGAGAAUUUGGGUAAGGAGCUCGUCUCGAGAUAUUGCAAUCAAAUUCUGGGAGUUCUCAUGAACAGUCUUGAUUACAAUAAUAUUGGGAGCGAAAGCGAAGUUAUCCUCGAGUCUUUGUUGACCUUUUCCAAGCUGCUCAAUGCUCUCGAGGGCUACAAGUUCCAUUUAUUCCAAGUAACGGCGGCUGUUCGCAUCAAGCUGAUAUUCGGCCAAGAAGAUGUGCAACUAAGACGCGCAGCCUUUCAACUGUUAGGGGACUUGACAUCGUCUCUCAAUCCAGACACCAACAUGGAGGCCUUUAAGGAACAAAUCCAGGGCAAUUUGAUCACUCUUCUUCUGCACCUGUGCGACCAGGACAUAUACGUGAUAAAGGCUUGCAAGUACACCUUGAGAAAAGUUGCCCCUCACCUUGACAGCCCCGACGUGAACAGGAUGAUUCAAGAGCACCUGAUUGAUGAGGCCAAUCUUCAUUACGCCGAUUUCAUCAGGGACUUGAUAAAAGUUAUGGCCAUCGAUCUUCAAGAUUUGUUCUACCUGUUCGUAAUGACUAGCGUCUCGUACUUGAAGAGUCCCUGGCUACAGAUCAGGGGCAACGCGGCUUUGGUUACCGGCCUGCUCUACUCGGAGCUGUCCAUGGAGAACAAAACUAAAGUGUCUUUGGACAUGGUCUGUGAUAAAUUGAUUCGGCUGAUGCAGGACGAUGCGGAAGAAGUUCGGGUUAAAGCCAGUCAAGCUAUUUCUUAUCUAUUUAUUGCAUAAAGGGAUCCUCGUUGUCCAUACAAGGUGAGUCUCUUAGUUAUACUCUGCUAUUAUUGUUAUUUAGAUUUAGGUGGAAGAACUAGUUGCUUUUGAGAGCUGUAUUAAAUCACAUGAAUUUUA